CUGAGUAAAAAAUUUAAGAAUUAUUCAAGCAUUUUUUAUUAAUUGAAAUAAAAAAAUAGGAUUUUAAUUAGUGAAUUAAUGAGUGAGAUAUUAAUAUGACUGUUUGUUCAGUGCUAAUGCUUUUAGAUAAUGUGGAGAAAAAAUUAUAUGUAAAAUCAAUUUUUAAAUUCAAGGUCAAGAUUAUUUAAUCGUAUAAAUAGCAAUGUGAUGGUGUAAUUAUAAAUUAAUUUUGUUAAAACAAAAAUUGUGAAGAAAACCAAAUGUGCGAUUUAAUAGUUUCUAUUUUUAUUUUGGAAUGAUAAUUUCUUUUAAAUUUUUACAUCUGUUUGAUUGGCCAUCGAUUCCAGGAUGACCAAUAUAUCGUGGUUCCCAGAGGAUGGAAUUAUCGAGCCACUUUUCCCAACGAAUCUUAAUGAAACAUAUGGAUUCAACGACAGCGAGACAUUGUUAUACGAUGACAUUGAUAGUUUGUACGAUGUACCGGUAGGAAUAAUAUUCCUAUUAAGUAUAUGUUAUGGAAGCAUAUCAGUACUUGCUGUGGUGGGUAAUUCUCUGGUGAUGUGGAUUAUUGCGACUUCCAGACGAAUGCAAAGCGUUACUAAUUGCUUUAUUGCUAAUCUCGCGCUCGCUGAUAUUGUAAUUGGACUUUUUGUUAUUCCAUUUCAAUUUCAGGCAGCAUUGCUUCAGAGAUGGAAUUUACCACAUUUCAUGUGCGCAUUUUGUCCAUUUGUCCAAGUGCUCUGCGUUAAUGUAUCUGUAUUUACAUUGACAGCAAUCGCUAUAGACCGACAUCGAGCGAUAUUAAAACCUUUAAGUGCACGUCCGAGUAAGCUCAGAGCUAAAAUGAUCAUCGCUGGGAUUUGGGUGAUAAGUGGAGUUUUAGCAGCUCCUAUGGCUGCUGCACUUCGAGUUAUUUUUAUACCAGAGAAUAUUGCAGGACGACUACAUUUACGGCCGUUUUGUCAAAAUGAAAAUAUGUCGGAAAAAUCAAUGCUGACUUAUCGAGCAUUACUUGGAUUUUUACAAUACCUAACUCCACUAUCAAUAAUAUCGUGUGUAUAUACACGAAUGGCGCUUAGGCUUUGGGGCAGUAAAGCACCCGGCAAUGCACAAGAUUCACGUGACGCAAACCUUAUGAAAAAUAAAAAAAAAGUUAUUAAAAUGCUAGUUAUAGUAGUCGCGCUCUUUGCAAUCUGUUGGCUUCCCCUCCAAACCUACAAUGUUCUACAGUACAAUUACCCAGAAAUAAAUGAAUACAGAUAUAUAAAUAUUAUAUGGUUUUGUUUCGACUGGUUGGCUAUGUCAAACAGUUGUUACAACCCUUUUAUCUAUGGAAUUUACAAUGAAAAAUUUAAAAGAGAAUUUAAACAAAGAUGUCCGUUUACAUCUAGAAGAUGGUCAACGAAUCAUCCAAUAGAUAGUUACGAUAUGGAUAAAACACAGAGCACCAGGACAUCAUUCAAGUACAUCCUUAGGUACGACUGGCGUAAACAUGCUCAAGGAAACAAUUAUUCAGCAAAUUCAUCCAUCUGUAGAGGUGUAUCUCUCCGUGAUUCGUCCAGAAUGCCGAUAAAACCUACCCAGACUAAAAUGGAACCACGAAAUAACAAUUAUUUAAAUCGAGCACAACGUACUAAUUGUCGAAAUAAAACAACAAAAUUGACAAUGGCCACCAAUACAGAAAACAAUGAAACGCUUGCUACGGAUUUUUAUGUUUAUGCUGACAAACAUAAACGCGCACAAAACAAUUCAAGUGAUCUCAAGGAAUUGUGUCUAUAAUGAUACAACAGUUAUUUAAUAAGUAUCAUUAAAUUCAUAUAAUGAAAAUAAUAAUCAUAAUAU